AUGAGCAUUUGGGAUCGAGCAUUCGGAAAUGAUGCACGUUCAAGGCAGCUUAAUCAAUUGAUCGACCAAAUUGAUGAAAAAAAGAGAAAUGCUGAGAAUGAGUUCUCCGGACCAUACAAUACUAUUUACCAUCAUUAUACGUCGAUCCUUGAUUCGUACAAUAACAUCUUGAAUGCUAUGGUCCGCGCUGAGCCUAAAAAAAUACAGCUAGCACAAUUUGUGAAAACCACUUCUUUGAGAUAUUCCCCUAACUCUCCUCUUGCUACGCAAAUCGUGUCCAUGUCAGUACACACCUUAUCAACCGGUUUCACUUUUGCGUUAUUCAAAUAUCCGAGCGACAAGGUGAUUUAUAAAUCUAUCACACUCGGAAAGGCUGUGGCUGUAAUGGCGCUUUUGGCUUUCGUUACGGAUGUGAUUACCGGCAUUGUAGAUGCAGCAACAGCGAGAGAUCAGUUAAAUGAUCUAAUUGCUAGAGCGCAGAAUGGAAACGUUGAGAUUGAUAAUUAUAUGGAAUCGUUAAAUACAAACGAAGAUCAGUUGAUUACAGAAAUCAAUGAACUUAUUAUCAAGACGGACUUCUUCACCAAUGUAUCGCAUCUGAUGCCUCAAGGUUUGCUUUAUCCUGAUCGUCAAAAAAGUGAAUUGGAUAGGGAGGAUGUAUAUGUGAAGAUCCGUGCCGCGAUGUUGGAGUGCGAAAAAUUGUUUAUUGGUAUUCGUGACUUCAAACAAGGAGUUAGGGAAAUGCUUAAUGAUGGUUUAAGCGCUAACUUGAUUGCCAAAUAUCUGAACAAAGACAUAAACUUUAUCACAACAUAUCUAAUGUUAACGCACGUUGAAGAUGGCAAAACUGAUCAACAGAUUAUGGACCUUUUGAACCUGUCCUUACUUGAUGUCCAAAUUGGAAGACUUGGCACUAUUGUCUUUGAACAUCCCGAAUGGAGUGUAAAGCAAAUUUUGGCAAACAGUGGCUAUUCUGGUAAACAGUUAGAGGAUAUCGCCGGAGAGCUGCAAUUAAAUCUCACCAAUCAAAUCGCAGAUGCCAAAGACUUGGUCAAAAAGACUGAAACUUCCACGGCUACAUUCACUACGCCAACGCAAGACUUUCCGCUUUUCCUUUGGUCGAGUAAUGAUUAUAAUGGAUUUUCCGGAAGAAGUACGAAGAAUGAACCUACCAAGUGGGCUGACGUAAGGGCGGUAAAAGAAGCGGGACAAAAUACGUACGAGAUGACUCAGUAUUACAGGUCCUUCAAGCUGUUCCUUGGGCAGAAACUCUUAUUUUAUUCCCUUCCUAAGACUGCAUCGGUUCUUGAUACGCCUGCUCCUGCGGAUGCCAAAACGAUUUCAAAUGUUACUGAUGUACCCGAUAUCUCAGCAUGGAUCGUAACGCAACCGGAUCUUACGUCUUAUCUCAAGUUUAAAUUAAAUCCAGAUGUUCA